GUGACACGCUCCGGUAUGCUAAUACAUGGUAAUCUCCCCCAGGCCCCUCCUCCGCGGGCCGCGGCGGGGCAGCCAGCAGGGUGCGCGGCGGAGAGCCGAGGGGGCGGGCUGAGGGGCGGCCCCGGGAGAGCGCGGCCAGGUGGAGGAGGAGCGCGGAGGCCACCGCAGCAUCCACCUGCUCUUCUGCUGCCUGAGCACCCUGACUGUGCCACCUCACAGGCCAUGGAGAAUGAGCUGCCAGCCCCCCACACAUCCAGCCGUGCCAGCGUCACCAGCAACACCAGUGGAACCAGUAGUAGCAGUGGCUGCAACAGCAGCAGCAGUAGCAGUGGUGGCAGUGGCCGCCUCACUGCACCCCAGAUUUCUGUGUACAGUGGUAUUCCCGACCGGCAGACUGUGCAGGUGAUCCAGCAGGCCCUGCACAGGCAGCCCAGCACGGCGGCGCAGUACCUGCAGCAGAUGUACGCCGCACAGCAGCAGCACCUCAUGUUGCAGACGGCAGCCUUGCAGCAGCAACACCACCUCAGCAGUGCGCAGCUCCAGAGCCUGGCAGCGGUGCAGCAGGCAAGCCUGGUGGCCAACAGACAAGGAAGUACUUCCGGCAGCAGUGUGUCCUCACAGGCUCCCACCCAAUCUCCUUCACUCAACCUGGCAGCAGCCCCUGCAACAGCCCAGCUCAUCAACCGGGCACAGAGUGUCAAUUCAGCCACAGCCUCGGGCCUCACCCAGCAGGCUGUGCUCUUGGGCAAUGCGUCCUCUCCUGCCUUGACUGCCAGCCAAGCACAGAUGUACCUCAGAGCACAGAUGGCCCAGCCAGGUAACUUGGUGCAGGUAGCUAGGAGCCUAGGCCGCACUGUUCCUUUGUCCCCUCAGCUCAUCUUCACGCCCACGGCCACCGUCGCUACUGUACAGCCUGAGCUCGGCACUGGCUCCCCCGCUCGGCCCCCUACCCCUGCCCAGGUACAGAACCUGACCCUACGAACACAGCAGACACCAGCAGCUGCAGCCUCGGGCCCUACCCCUACCCAGCCUGUCCUGCCCAGCUUGGCCCUGAAACCCACAGGCAACAGUGGCCAGCCUCUGCCUGCCCCACCCCAGGGCAGGAACACUGCUCAGGGUUCCCCUGCAGGUGCCAAGCCUGGUAUAACUGACAGUGUGAUGGAGUCGCUCAGGAAAGGAGAUGGUGGCAGCAGCGUGUCAGGGAACAUGGAGAGCCGGCCUGGGCUUGGCCGGACAGUUCCUGCUGUGGCUACUCAUCCCCUCAUUGCACCAGCUUAUGCUCAACUGCAGCCACACCAACUCUUCCCACAAACAUCAUCAAAGCACCCACAGCCCCAGUUUGUGAUCCAGCAGCAGCCACAGUCACAGCAGCCACAGCCACCACGGCCUGUGCCUCAAGUCCAGUCCCAACCCCAUCUUUCCCCAGUACCCCCAAGCCUGUCCCUACAAUCCAGCGCAGAAGACAAUGCCAUGCCUCUAGGUCCAGUCACGCCUGCCCUGCCACCCCAGUGCCCUACUGCCCAUCUGCAUAAGCCAGGAAGCGGUCAGCAGUGCCACCUUCCUACGCCAGACACUGGGCCUCAGAAUGGACAUCCUGAGGGUGUGUCCCAUACCCCUCAGCGAAGGUUCCAGCACACCUCAGCUGUGAUCUUACAGUUACAGCCUGCUUCUCCAGUGCCCCAGCAGUGUGCUCCUGAUGACUGGAAGGAAGUAGUACCAGGCGAGAAGAGUGUGCCUGUGACUCAGUCAGGCCCACUCCCACACCAACAAGCCAUCAUUACUGCCAUGCCUGGUGGCCUGCCUGUACCCAAGAGCCCCAACAUCCAGCAGUGCCCAGCUCACGAUUCAGGGCAGGGCAUUGUUCAUGCACUGACCGACCUCAGCAGCCCCGGCAUGACCUCAGGGAACGGAAACUCUGCCUCCAGCAUCGCCGGCACUGCCCCCCAGAAUGGUGAGAAUAAACCACCACAGGCCAUUGUGAAACCCCAAAUCCUGACGCAUGUUAUCGAAGGGUUUGUGAUCCAGGAGGGGGCGGAGCCUUUCCCGGUGGGACGCUCGUCCCUGCUGGUGGGGAAUCUCAAAAAGAAGUAUGCACAGGGGUUCUUGCCUGAGAAGCUUCCCCAGCAGGAUCAUACCACCACCACUGACUCAGAGAUGGAGGAGCCCUACCUGCAAGAAUCCAAAGAGGAGGGUACCCCCCUCAAACUCAAGUGUGAGCUCUGUGGACGAGUGGACUUUGCCUACAAGUUCAAGCGUUCCAAGCGCUUCUGUUCCAUGGCUUGUGCAAAGAGGUAUAAUGUGGGAUGCACCAAACGAGUGGGACUUUUUCACUCAGACCGGAGCAAGCUGCAGAAGGCAGGGACCACAACCCACAACCGCCGACGGGCCAGCAAAGCUAGUCUGCCCACACUUACCAAGGACACCAAGAAGCAGCCCUCAGGCACUGUACCCCUCUCAGUUACUGCUGCCUUGCAGCUGACACACAGUCAGGAAGACUCCAGCCGGUGCUCAGAUAACUCAAGCUAUGAGGAACCCUUGUCACCUAUCUCAGCCAGCUCAUCCACCUCCCGACGGCGACAAGGCCAGAGGGAUUUGGAGCUCCCUGACAUGCACAUGCGGGACUUGGUGGGCAUGGGACACCACUUCCUACCAAGUGAGCCCACAAAGUGGAACGUAGAAGAUGUCUAUGAAUUCAUCCGCUCUCUGCCAGGUUGCCAGGAGAUCGCAGAGGAGUUUCGUGCCCAGGAGAUUGAUGGGCAGGCCCUGUUGCUGCUUAAGGAGGACCACCUGAUGAGUGCCAUGAACAUCAAGCUGGGGCCUGCCCUGAAGAUCUAUGCACGCAUCAGCAUGCUCAAGGACUCCUAGAGUCUCUGCUGCCCGCUGCCCAAUCGGGCAGCCAGGGUUCCAGCCCCAGGUGGGCGCCGCCUCCUGAUGGAGCAGAGCCACACAGACAUUCCUGAGGAGCCCAGGAUGGGGCCAGUUGGAGGAAAGGGGCUCUUCCUAGGGGUGCAGCUGUGAGGAGGUCUCUGUGCUUCUUCAGUGGCUCUCAGGGCCAUUUCUGUGGGAGGGUAGAGAGGUAGGUGGCACAGAAGAUGGGGCUUUGCGCUUGUAAAUACUGUCAGCACUGGCUUCCUCCAAAGUCCCAAUGUUCUACCCCCCUAAUCCUUUUCUGUCCCCCAUUUUCCAGGGGGUUUAUGGUCAGGGCUCCCCAACUUGCGUUGGGAUACUUCCAAGGGCAGCCAGCAGGCCUGGACAGAGGUCUUGAAAGCCCUUGCCUUCUCUCUCCUUCCCCCUCCUUUCUCCAGGCCUGGCUAACCUUCCAUUGUCAGCUUCUCCCCCUUCAGCCUGUUUCCACAGCAUCCGGGGUUCUACCCGUACCCUUUCAGGUGGAGAGACAGAAGCUGGGCCCAGUUUGGCCAUGCCUGCUGGCACAGACGCCUUAACGCCGUGUGUAUGACUGUGUGACUGGGAGCCUGGACUGACAGGCCGUGAGCUGCCCUCUGGCAUUUCCAGGUGUUUUGUAGCAAACAGCCACUUAGUGCUUUGUCCUGGCCUCCACUCAGCCUGAGGCUGGGGAAUAGGAAGAAAGGGCAGACCCCGACCCCGAGAGUUGGAGAUUAGCGGUUCCCUCCAGAUGGCAGGAGGUUUGUGGGAAGGUCUCCUCACACCGGUGGAACUGCCAGUGAUCCUGCUGGCUGGCAAACAGCAUAAGGAAGCUCCAGGGGCCCAAAGCCCAAGCUGCCCAUGCCUUCCCUGCCUGCCCAUCCUUACACACACACACACACACACACACACACACACACACACACACACACACACACACACACCCCACCCCCCCACCCCCGUCGUGGGAGGAACUGUGUGACUGAAGGGUGGCUGCAGGCACUGUGGAAGCAGCCCUUGGCCUUCCACUCCCACACUUGCUUGUAAAACUUGUAUAGCAGUAACAGCUACCUAAGGAAGGGCAGGCCGCCUCCGACUUGCCCUGUCCUUACCAACUCUGGGAAGUCAGACUCUUCCCAGGAGGGGUGGGCAUUUUCUCAGCUUAUUCUGCCCCUUUCCCCACACCCCAGGCAGGGUUGGAAAUGAAGGACUUUUUUAACCUUUUGUUUUGUUUUUAAAAAAUAAAUCUGUAAAAUCUG